AGACCGAGGAUUUCCUGCGUAGCGUAGCCUCAGCCCCUCAGCUCACUUCGCUCAGCUGACCGACAAAGGGUCGGGAACGGUGUUGUUUGUUAUCGGGAAGAUGUAUUGCAACUAAUGCGGAGUUUGGCAACAAAUUUGAACAGCAUCAGCAAGGGCGUCAAGUGUGGUGUCAGUGAACUGAUGAGUCUCGCCAACGAGGCGGGAGACUCCGCUAGUGGAGUAUUUGUAAAUUUUAACCAGGAUUGCAGUUCUUUGGCUGUUGGAACUCGGAAUGGAUACAAGCUCUUCUCCUUGGCCAACAUUGACAAACUUGAGCAGAUCUACGAAAAUGAAACUGAAGACAUAUGUCUGGUGGAACGGCUGUUCUCCUCCAGUCUGGUAGCAGUGGUGAGCUUGUCAUCUGCACGCAAGCUCAAGGUGUGCCAUUUCAAGAAAGGAUCAGAGAUAUGCAACUACUCAUACUCGAACAGCAUCCUGGCAGUACGGCUCAAUCGGUGCAGGCUUGUCGUCUGCCUCGAGGAGAGCCUCUACAUACACAACAUCAGGGACAUGAAGGUGCUGCACACCAUAAGGGACACUCCUCCCAAUCCUAGGGGCCUCUGUGCCCUGUCUGUUUCCAAUGACAACUGCUACCUCGCUUACCCUGGUUCAAGCACAAUAGGGGAAGUGCAAAUUUUUGACGCUGCAAACUUGCAAGCCAAGAUGAUGAUACCUGCACAUAACAGCCCUCUGGCAGCACUAGCAUUCAACACAAAUGGAACACUGAUCGCUACUGCAUCAGAAAAGGGCACUGUGAUCCGUGUGUUCAAUGUUUCCGAUGGACAGAAGCUCUAUGAGUUCCGAAGAGGCAUGAAGAGGUGUGUGAGCAUCUGUUCGCUAUCAUUCAGCUCGGACUCCAUGUUCCUCUGUGCUUCAAGCAAUACUGAGACUGUGCAUAUCUUCAAACUGGAGGAUCCGAAGGAAAUGAAGGUGUCGGAAGAGUCUGGGACCUGGAUGGGCUAUUUUGGCAAGGCCUUAAUGCAGAGCGCCUCCUAUCUGCCCAGUCAAGUGACUGAAAUGUGGAACCAGGGACGUUCCUUCGCGACAGUGCACCUGCCUUUCUCGGGAGUGCGCACCAUUUGUGCCCUGGCACAGAUUCAGAAAGUGAUGCGAGUACUAGUUGCAACCGUGGACGGCUAUCUGUACGUGUAUAACUUGGACCCUGUGGAAGGGGCUGACUGUACACUUGUCAAGCAGCACCGACUAGACGGUCGAGAAGUGGUGCCGGAGACUACAGAGAGCCCACCGCGCAAACAAAGUACAGUGCAGCCUCAAGGAAUGUCGACGUACGCGGCGGUAGUGCGAGGUUAUGAGGACUCUUCUCCGGCAGAUGCAGCUGGAGUAGCAGUACCUGCUAGCGGGUCUGGCAAGGGAGGAACAGCUACGCAACUUCGUUUGACAGACAAUUCGGAGUUUCCACCCAUGAGCCACAACCAUGACUGAAUGCCCUCCCCCAUCCCUCGUCAGAUGCUGGCUCAUGGACACUUCAAACAGUUGCACCCCUUGAGGACUACCUGUGGGUCUGUGCGUCAAGGACCAGAGUGCCGACUACUCGAUGUACAUAGAAAGUACCAUCCGCAAGGACUCUGUUCUUUGUCUGGCACUGCUUCCAGCUUUUAUAUAUUAUGUUCUAUGACGAGAACCUACGAAAACAAAAUCAACAUUCUACUGUACUCAAAGUAGAGGUUGAAUUAAGACGUUAUUUAUUUAUAGCAUCCAAGAAAACUGAAGAAAAAAAAGUUGACAUAUUUAUCCUCCUUUCUUGUUCCGGCAUUUAUGUUAAGCCAUAAAUUAAAUUAUCCGGACUUCAAGUUACAAACUGUUUUCACAGAGCUUUUUCCUUUCGUUGACGUCGUUAGGAAAGAGCCCUCGGUACUACCGUACAGAUAAUCGAAGAAAUACUGCUGCCCCUCGAAUUGUUAAAGUAGACGCUACAAUGUGACAGGGACAGUUGCACAGAAUAAGGAAGGAAGGGGAAAAAGAAAGAUGGCUCUGCAAGCCAAUUAGCUGCUGACUUGUAUUCGAAUUGAAAUACCUCUCACACCACACAGUAAUAUGCAUCUGUUCAGCGAGCUCAACAUACGCACGAGCCCAGCUCUGUCCACAUUCGCGGUGAUGAGCCCCCCCCCCUUAGUGGCACACGUCCUCGUGGCAGUACAGUAUGUGUUAUAAUGUGUAUGCGACACGACGGGCUUGAUUUUGAGUGACUAUAUUUUAAAGCACACUUUAAGAGAGAUUCAUAUUGUAAAAAGGAAAAAAAAUGAUAAAAACUGAAUGAAGAAAGAAAUAAAAAGUUUUUUAUGUGACACGCUAAUUCUCAAGAAUAAAAUAAAAAAGAAAAUGUA